AUGGUGCCUCCUUUGUCCAUUUUCGGUGCCAUGCGGUGGCGGCGCCGCAUGUCUCUGCCCCUAUCGAGUACUGAUACCACACACACCUCUGAUGAGGCUUACGAGCAAGGGGAACGCGAGGUACACGCAGCCCAGCUUGGUAGUUGGCUGUCGAAUGUCCGACGAGACGCAGGCAGCGUACGCUUCUUGAAAUGCCUCCGUUGCAUCCGGGCCGCAGCCGACGCAAUCGACGCCGACCCGGAGCGGCUCAGCUAUGCCACCGCCAACUGCCUCAUCACAUCAACCUCAUACCGCUGCGAUAGCUGUGAGGACACCCUUGAGCAAGGACAGCCCUGCGUUGCAGCAUCCGCAGCCAUGGUCAAGGACGAGGUCGACCUGUUCAAGUUACUGGAGUGGGUUCAUCAGCACUUGGACAUAUUCGAGCCCAUAGCCCAUUCAGUGGUGUUGGACACGUCGCAAUGGUCCAAAGAUGAUAUCUCGAGGAUACUCGCAGCUAUCAAACGCCUGCUCCUCCAAUUCUUGGCCGUGGAGUCUGCCCAUCGCGAGGAAUACCAACUCGAUCGUGUUGAUCAAGACAACAAGGUAUUGCUUGAUUAUCGGAAUCACUAUGCCCAGCGGUAUCAGGCGUUCUACUACCAAGGCUUGGACCCGGGAGAUAGAGGAUUCGCCGCCUGGAAAGUUGCCAAGUCUACUUUUUUGAGCGAUGUUAUCGAUGUCGUUUGUGGCAUUGAAGGCUGCGAUUGGCUAAGCAUGUUAGAUGCCGUCCCCAUCAAUUUCAGGUCCAAUACUUUGUAUAUCUGA